AUGGAGCAUGUUGUGUUUUUAGCUUGUUUCCUAAUACCUUUGGCCUCAGCCAGUUUGAAUAUAAAUGAAACUCACUGGCAAAUAUGGAAGAAACAGCAUCACAAAAAAUAUGAAAGUGCUGCCGAGGAAGAAUUUAGAAGAUAUACUUGGGCCAGGAAUUUAGCCUUUGUGCUGGACCACAACUCAAAGUAUUCUUCGUUCACUGUGGAAAUUAAUGAAUUUGCUGACAGAACACUGAAGGAAAUGGUGAGUGAAACAGCUGUGGUUAAACGACAAAAGACAGAAGAAGUGAAAUACAUGUAUCAAAAACUACAAGGUGCUCCUGCUUCCUUUGACUGGAGAAAAAGGGGAGCAGUUCCACCAGUUACAAAUCAAGGCAGGGAUGCUACUGCAUAUGCAGUUAUAGACAGCUUAUAUGGUUACUUCAAAAUCAAUACUGGCCAUGCGGUUGCCCUGAGUGUCCAAGAGACUUCUGACUGUUGCACAAGAGGACACCCAAUGGGGAAUCCCUUUGCUUGCAUUAAGAAGCUGGGUGGACUAUGCUCAGAGGCAGACAUCAAAGGAUCCCGAUCUGUUAUGCGAGGCAAUGAGACAGACCUUCAACUUGCUGUUCUCCAAAAUCCUGUGGUGGUGUUGGUUGAUGCUAGCCAUAGUUCAUUCCAGUUGUACAAGAGUGGGGUGUUUGUAGAGCAAAGAUGCAGUGAUAAACAAUUGGACCAUGCUCUCCUGUUGGUGGGGUACGGUAGUAUGUCUGGAAAGGAUUACUGGAUCUGUAAGAAUAGCUGGGGAACAACAUGGGGAAUGGACGGUUAUAUCUUGAUAGCCAGAAAUGUAGGCAACACGUGUGGGAUAGCCACAGCAGCCAGUCUGCCUAUUUACAGACAGUAGCAGAGUCCCGUUUCAGAAUGUUUUAACAUUAAAAAUAGAAACCAUCUUCAGAAAACCUGCUUUGAAUC